AUGCAAGAGAAAUUUUUCAAAGUGCUCCCUGUUUUUUUGCUGUUCUCGUCUUGGCAAGUGAUUUUGAAAGGCCAAGAGCUACCGGAGCCCAAGAGUCUGAAGCACAUCGUGAGUCGGCACAUCAGAUCGCUAGAUUUUCCAUCGGCAAGUGGAAUGGGCAUUUUUUUUGCCAUAGCCAUACCGAUCGACAUACCCGACAAGUCGGUCUCGCUCUCGUUUUACUUCGAGGCGAAUUACGGCCUACCGAGCUUCAACGAGUCGACUAACGCCGCGAACGGCACCACCGCUCAGUUCAAAAAACGUAGCGUCGACAGGCGCCUCGUUUACGAUGUCAUUUGGAACAAGCUCGAAAGAAGCGGUUACCCCGGCAAAGCUUGCCUUUCGCGUGCAAUAUGCGAAGCUGCCGGGUUCCCGUUCGAGCGAAGCGGCCUAGUGGGCGACAUCGUGCGCAUAAUUUUUACGCCUUCGUCGUCGCUCGAGGAACCCUUGCACCCUGAGAUCGAAGAGUCCGAGCGUGCCUCGAGUUGCUCGAGGUACCGAGAAGAAUGUCCCAUCAGCAUUCUCGAUCUGAUUAGCCAUAGCUACAAGUCCAAGUAA